GACCGGAUGCCAAACGGCGUAUAAUUCCCUAUAUUUGUGCACUACAUAGCGUGUUAAAUAAUGGCUUUUACACCCUAUGUAGUGCACUUUGGAAUCUAACAGGGAGUUUUUUUUUUAGUUACGACUACCACAGCUUAUGUGUGCAGCUAGCAAGCUAGCUCAAUUAGCUAGCCGUUUGUCAAAAAAAAAAAAAAAAGUUGCGGUUAUUGUGCAGUUCUGGUCUCGAUGGAUCCCAAUCGGAUUAUACAGGCUUUAAAGGGAACUAUAGACCCUAACCUUAGAAUAGCGGCUGAAAAUGAGCUCAAUCAGUCCUACAAGAUCAUCAACUUUGCUCCGACUCUGCUGCAGAUCAUCGUGUCGGAGCAGGUGGAGUUUCCUGUACGGCAAGCAGCUGCCAUCUACCUGAAGAACAUGGUGAGUCAGUACUGGCAGGACCGGGAGCCGUCUGUGGGCGAGGUCGUGUUCCCCUUCAACAUCCACGAGAAUGACCGCGGUCAGAUUCGAGAGAACAUGGUGGAGGCCAUCAUCCGGUGUCCGGAGUCCAUACGAGCCCAGCUUACAGUCUGCUUGCGUGCCAUUAUAAAGCACGAUUUCCCCGGCCGCUGGACUGGCAUCGUCGAUAAGAUCAACUUGUACCUGCAGUCUCAGAACAGCGGGAGCUGGUACGGGAGUCUGCUCGCGCUCUAUCAACUCGUCAAAAGCUACGAGUUUAGGAAGGCGGAGGAGAGGGUACCCCUGCUGGCUGCUAUGCAGCUCUUCCUGCCCCGGAUCCAGCAGCUCAUCACUCAGCUGCUGCCUGAUGCCACGGUGUUCUCUGUCCUCAUCCAGAAACAGAUCCUGAAGAUAUUCCAUGCACUCGUGCAGUAUUCCUUGCCUCUCCAGCUGCUCAGUAAUACAGUCAUGACCCAGUGGAUGGAGAUCCUGAGAGCGGUUGUGGAUCGGGACGUCCCUCCUGAGACUCUGGAGGUGGACGAAGACGAUCGGCCAGAGUUAGUGUGGUGGAAGUGUAAGAAAUGGGCUCUCCAUAUUAUCACCAGGAUGUUUGAGAGGUACGGGAGCCCGGGCAACGUGACGAAGGAGUACUAUGAGUUUGCAGAUUUUUUCGUAAAGACUUACGCUGUUGGGAUUCAACAGGUCUUGUUAAAGGUGAUUGACCAGCACAGGCAGAAGCAGUUUGUGAGUCCACGUGUGUUACAGCAAGCUCUGAACUACCUGACACGGGGCAUCUCUCACUCCAUCACGUGGAAACAGAUGAAGCCACACAUGCAGACUAUAACUCAGGAGGUGGUGUUUCCUCUGAUGUGUUAUAAGGAUGAAGAUGAGAAGCUAUGGCAGGAAGAUCCGUACGAGUACAUCCGCAUGAAAUUCAAUAUGUAUGAUGACCACGUGUUUCCCGCCACUGCGGCUCAGACUCUGCUGUGCAAAGCAUCCAGAAAGAGGAAGGAGGUCCUUCCUAAGAUGAUGGAGUUCUGCCAUCAGAUUUUGAUGAACCCCGGCGCUGACCCCCGCAGGACAGACGGGGCGCUGCACGUCAUCGGCGCUUUAGCUGAUCCGUUGUUAAAGAAGCAGAUAUACAGAGAUCAGAUGGAGCUUGUGUUACAGAACUAUGUGUUUCCUCUACUCAACUCCAACCUGGGCUACCUGCGCGCCAGGUCCUGCUGGGUUCUGCACUGCUUCAGCCCGCUGAAGUUCCACAAUGAGCUGGUCCUGAGGAACGCAGUGGAACUCGUCAAACAGGACCUCAUCAAUGAUCAGGAGAUGCCUGUCAAAGUGGAGGCAGCCAUCGCUCUGCAGACUCUGGUCAGCAACCAGGAGCAAGCUAAGCUCUACAUAAGACCCUUCAUCAGGCCCGUGAUGCAGGAGCUGCUGCACGUCAUCAAAGAGACAGAGAACGACGACCUCACGAGCGUCAUCCAGAAGAUGAUCUGCGAAUACAAUCAGGAAGUAGCUGUGAUCGCAGUGGAUAUGACCCAGAACCUGGCGGAGAUCUUCAGUAAGGUUCUGCAGAGUGAGGAGUACGAGGAGAGUGAAGAUAAGACCGUGAUGGCCCUGGGCAUCCUCAGCACCAUAGACACCAUCCUUACGGUCAUGGAGGACCACAAAGAGAUCACUCAGCAGCUAGAGGGGAUCUGCCUGCAGGUGAUCGGCCUUGUGCUCCAGAAGCCCAUCAUAGGUAUGGCAGAGUUCUAUGAGGAGAUUCUGUCGCUGGCGUUUGGUCUCACCUGCCAGACCAUCUCCCCUCAGAUGUGGCAGCUGCUGGGCGUGCUUUACGACGUCUUCCAGCACGACUGCUUCGACUACUUCACAGAUAUGAUGCCUCUCCUACACAAUUAUGUAACUGUGGACACAGACACACUUCUGUCCAAUCCCAAACACAUGGAGGUCAUUUACACUAUGUGCAAAAAGGUCCUAACGAGCGAUGCAGGAGAGGAUGCAGAGUGCCAUGCUGCUAAGCUGCUGGAGGUUAUCAUCUUACAGUGCCGGGGUCGGGGCAUUGACCAGUGUAUCCCGCUGUUUGUGGAAGCAGUGUUGGAGCGGCUGACGCGUGGUGUGAAGUCCACAGAGCUGCGCACCAUGUGUCUGCAGGUGGCCAUCGCCGCUCUGUACUACAGUCCCUCACUGCUGAUGCACACUCUGGAGAACAUGCGCUUCGCCCACAGCGCCGAGCCAAUCACCGCCCAGUUCAUCAACCAGUGGAUGAACGACACCGAGUUCUUCCUAGGGCUGCACGACCGUAAGAUGUGCAUCAUCGGCCUGAGUCUGCUGAUGGACUUGUCCAGCCGGCCGGCGGUUUUAGAAGGCGUGGCCAGUCAGAUCAUCCCUUCUAUCCUGCUCUUGUUCCUGGGCCUCAAGCACAUCUACGCCUCGCGAGUGCUCAGCAAGCCCGAGCAGUUCUCCAGAGCACAGGGCACUGAGGAGGACGAGAACGAGGAGAUUCCCAGUGAUGAGGAUGAAGCAGGAGAGAAGAGCUCCAGCAUGCAGCCGUCCAGCGCUCCCAGUGGCAACGGCAACGACGAUGAGGAUGACGACGAUGAUGAAGAUUACUGGGAUGAGGAUGGCCUGGAGGGCACAGCGCUGGAGGAGUACAGCACGCCGCUGGACUACGACAACGGAGAAGACGAGUAUCAGUUCUUUUCCGCCUCCCUGCUUCGCGUGCAGAGCUCAGACGCAGGCUGGUAUCAGAUGCUAACGCAGUCUCUGAGUGACGAACAGAAGAAGCAGCUGCAGGAGAUCUACAGUCUGGCCCAGCAGAGGAGGAACGCAGCAGGAAAAGGCCUGUGAGAUGUGUUCUGUGUGGGAGGUACCAGAACGCUUGGACGAUGACACGAUUGUGGGUUUUGGAUCUGCAACGGUUUUAAUUCCAGAACCAGCAUCCUGACUUUCCAAGGACACAAUCAGCGCAACACCUUCGAGCGGAGCUUCGAGAGUCCUUUCAGCCAGGGCUUAAAGGUGGCUCUACAGAUCCAUAACCCCAGCAGGACCACUGAGGCACUUGGAUAAGAGAGAGGCCUUGUCCUGUCACAGCCUGACUCACUAGUACUGUGUGUGUGAGUGUGUGUGUGUGAGAGAGAGAGAGAGAGAGAUAGAGGGAGCAGUAAGUAUGGGUGACAAUCGUGUGUAUGAGCACCUAAACUCUUAUCUGUAUUAUUUGCUGGACUUCGUCACGUCCCCUCCGUCAGCUGUGACACACUGAGCAUCUACUUUGAGAGUGUUUUGCGAGGUGUUUUGCUAUAAGAGGCAGACCGACACACACACGUGCAGGUAGUGUGUACCGUCAGUGAUUUGAAGGUAUGUUUGUGUCUGGCUUGUGAUAUACAUACUGGGGAAGACUGUGCUUUAUAUUUGUUACAUGUUUGUAUGUCCGACUUUGUUUUUUGUAUUAGUACGUUUUGAGAAUUAACUUAAGGCAUAAAAUUGAGUCUGACACUA